UCUUCCCUGACAAUCUGAGUUUUUCUCGACGGUUCAUAGCUCAAUGUGCGAGUGAUGUGGGCUAUUGGCAAGAUGCACCAGUUGUACCUGGUUGGGCAUUCCAUAAUCUAACGCCAAAAAAAUUAACCUAGGCCUUUUUGUGGUCCUUCGCACAAUCUAUACAAGUGCAUUGAGACUUGGCUAAAACCCGACCCCUCGGAUCCACCUGGGUAUCCACAAUCGCGACUAUGAAAUAUUAUUGGUCAUGAGCUAUUAUGAUUCAUAAUUAAUCAUCCCCCGCGUCUUCAGCGGCGUUGGAUUUAUAUAUCGCGAUAGUAACAGGCAGUCCUUUGGAAGCACUAACAUCGUGCAUCAUGGAUGCCUUACCUGUCAAGCUGGACUUCCUGGGUCAGCUACCUGCCCUCAAGCUCUACACACAGAUUUGCCUUUGCUUUCCUUUCGAUGUCUCAUCUCACGACAAGGUAGUCCAGACCCUGCAAAAAGGCCUCGAAACACUGUCCAUCAAUUUCCCAUGGGUAGCAGGUCAGAUAGUCAGUGAAGGCAGCAGCCAUGGCAAUUCUGGCACGUUUAAGAUCAAAGCACUUGGGAAGACUCCGCCACUGGUCGUGAAAGACUUUCGUCAUGAUGCCAACGUACCGACCAUGGAUGACUUGAGGCACGCCAAUUUUCCCUUUCGGAUGUUAGACGAGAACAUCAUUGCUCCUCGAAAAACUUUGCCAAGCCCUGGUGAAGAUACUAUCUCACCAGCCUUUCUUGUCCAGGCUACUUUCAUUCACGGUGGCUUAAUCCUCACUCUGGUUGGCCAUCAUAACACAAUGGACAUGACUGGUCAGGGGCAGGUUAUCCACCUGCUCUCGAAAGCGUGCCGUGGAGACACAUAUACAGAUUUAGAGCUAGAGUCCGGGAACCUGGUGGAAGGUCACCUGGUCCCCCUUCUAGAUGGCUCGUAUGGACCCGGGCCAGAACUCGACCGUCAAAUAAUUAGGCCGGGACCUCAGCAACCAUCUGUGCCUCCCCCAAAGUCUACCUGGUCAUAUUUUUCGUUCGACAAAACCUCGCUCGCUAGACUGAAAUUGCUUGCUGAACAGUCGAAGACCUCUGAAUUCAUAUCGACAGAUGAUGCACUAAGCGCCUUCGUUUGGCAAUCGGUGCUUCGCGCCCGCCUGAAGCGGCUCUCACCGUCUCAUAGCACCAUGUUUGGUCGUGCUGUUGACGUGCGGAAAUACUUUGGCAUCCCUCCGACAUACACUGGUCUCAUGCAAAACAUGGUAUACCACACCGAUACAGUACACGGUCUACUCGACACACCUCUAGGCGUCAUUGCCUCACAGCUCAGAACGGCAAUAGACCCGCAGACAUCUUCUUUACGAUCUCACACCCGCGCGCUGGCAACAUACAUUGAGCAUGCGUUGGACAAAUCGUGCAUCUCCUUUGGAGCCAGUUUUAAUCCGUCGACAGAUAUUAUGAUUAGCUCGUGGGCAAGUGUGAACUGCUAUGAUUUGGAUUUCGGAUUCGGCCUUGGAACACCAGAGGCUGUGCGAAGACCCCAGUUCACUCCGGUUGAAGGUUUGAUUUAUUUCAUGCCCAAGAGGCCCGAUGGCGAGAUUUCAGUUGCUGUCUCAUUGCGGGAGGAAGAUAUGGCGCGGUUAGCGGCAGAUGAAGAGUUUAAGAAGUUUGGCGAAUACGUUCAUUAGACGAUAAACCUAAGGAUUAUACAGGUGCAUGAGCAUUGUAUCAGUUACUAAUAGCAAAGACACUUAUGGUCUUCUAUUUGUGUGAAUGGGC